AACUGCAGUGUUCUUCUUAUCAUUUCUCAGCUGAAGUCUACAGCUACACGUGCCAAUCUGGUUGCCUAUCUUAUGUUUUCUUACUUCGUUUCCCUUCCCCUCAUUCCCUAACCUGUCUUUAUAUUCCGGCGUGCACUGCAAAUAAACGCCCAUUCUUCCAGCUUGUAAGCGUGUGUCUGCCUCGCCUGCGUCAAGCGCAGUGUCCGACUUACGAUGUAACAGUGGCGACGAGAAACGGAAAGCAAAACCCCUGGCAAAACCUUGAAGCACAGGACGGCAGCUACGCUACAAGGCGACGACUCGACGAUGGCACACCAGCAACUGCCCGACUUCGACGACGAAAGAGACAACUGGAAGGCCUAUGUUAUCAAGGCAGAGGCAUACUUUGAGGCAACGGGCGUGAAGGAGUCGGCAAGGAAACGGGCACUUUUGGUGGCAGCUUUAAGCACGCGCACCGUUCAAAUAUUAGCAGGACGAGUAGCGCCGAAGAAGCCGAAUUCUUUGGAGUACGAAGACGUCGUGAAAGUCUUGGACGAGUUUUUUGAUCCCAAGCGCCAUGAGAUUACCGAAAGCUUCCGCUUCUUCAACCGCUGCCCGCUUGAUGGUGAGUCUGUCCAAGAAUUCAUUACUGAAAUUCGUCGAAUUGUGGACAACUGCAAUUUUGGUACCAUGCUCGACCGAAUGCUACGGGAUAGAAUUGUGUGCGGCAUAAUAUCGACUGCACUGCAGAAACAACUCCUGACAAAGAAAGAUCUGUCCGUAGAGGAAGCUGAAAUGAUGGCACUGUCGGCUGAAGCUGCAGAUAAGGACGCCAAUAAAAUGGCCGCAGACACGUCGGCGGUGCUUAAAAUUAAGGCGCAGUCAGCCUCAACGAAAGACGUACUGGCCGAAUUAAUGCUCGUUGUUAUCACUGCGGUCGACAUGGUCACCUAG